AUGGCGCCCGCGCUCGUGCCGCCAAAUUCAGCGGACGUAUCCCCGGUGGUAUACGCGCCAGUCCGCGAUGGCUCGUCGAGUGACUUUUCUGUGAACACGGACGUUGCGGAAAGCGCGGAGGGGGGGAGCGAGAAGACGAACGAAGAAAUGGCGGAAGAAGAAGCCUCCAUGAUAGAAGCGGCGAUUGAAGCCUCAGAAGGGGGUAAGGAAGGGGGUACCGAAGGGGGAACGGAAGGGGGUACGGAAGGGGGAACGGAAGGGGGAACGGAGGGGGCCAUGGGGAAUUACAUGGAGGGGCAGGAGGACCCAUCUGAAGCGGCGGUGAGCAUCGCUGAUGACGCGGCAGUGGAGGUUGAGGCCUACCAGCAGCAGCAGCAGCAGCAGCGCGGCAGCGCACCUACCAGCAGCAGCAGCGCUGCGUCCACGAGUGAGCUUGGCAGGGGCCUCCUGGAGCUCACACUGCCCGCCGUUGCACACCCCGUGGUAACCGUAACCGCACGGCACGCCGCCCACUCCGCCGCCCGCCGUCAUCUCCAAAACCACGCGUCAGACGCGGGAAAGAGAGCGCGCGGGCGGUCCUUGCAAGGCGAGAAUCGGCUGGACGUGGCGCUGUAUUAUGCAUAUCUCAUAGCCCAUCCUCUCUACUUCAUCGCAUUCGUCGUCUUGGGGCUGCUCAGCGUUGUCGCCAUGCUCCUCGUGCUGCGCUGCAACCACCACCUCCCUCUUGCCGCCUCUGCUGUUGCGCAUGCCGCUCAUACGGCCAUCGUCCAGACCCCAGUCAUCUUCUUUAUGCCACUCCCCAUCAUGCUUGCAGCUUUGUUCCUGGGCCUCCCUUUGAUGUAUAGCCUUGAGGGUGAUACUAGUGACAUCCUCUUCGUCCUCCUGCUACCCACCUCUCUCUUCAUUGCUCAAGUGCUCUCAGCUCUCCUCACCUACUCCACAGCAGCUGUUUUUGCCCGGCUGUAUGUCACAACCAGCGGCGGCAGCAGCAGGAGUAGCAGCGAGGACGGGAAGGCGGGUGAAAGGGAAGAGGGCGUGACACUGAGAGGCCAGCUAGAGCUCUUCUCCUCAGCCUUCUCCCUAGCUUGCACCUCAUCCCUGGGCACCUGCUGUGCCGUUGCCAUCACCUCCUGUGCCGCCACCACUGUCAAACUCCUCCUCUCCUCCCUCUUUCUCGCUCUCUUCGGCGAGAGCAUCCUGGGCUGCCUUCUGGUGGCACUGCUUCACUGCACACAGAUUGCCAUCCGGUUAUUCCUCAACUGCCUCGUCCUCCCCACCGCUGCCAUGAGCGGCCAUGGCUUCACCCGCUCUCUGCGUCUCUCUCUUGACAUUCUGCAGCGCUUCCUGGCGCUCAUUGUCACGGCCAAUGCUGCUGGACUGGCCCUGCUUGCCGUGCUGACAGUUCCCAUUGUCAUCAUUUACAACAUCAUCGGGCUAAUUGGGGUGAGUAUGCUCUCACUCUCCUCCGUCCUCACUACAGGGGUUGCCACUACAGUGCUGUGUUUCGCCUGGGACAAGAAGCUUGAGCCAGAGGAGGGCUCUGAUGUUGCAGGGCUGGUUGGUGGUGGUUCCCUGUCCUCUCUUGAUGUCAAGGAUACUAGUACGGUGUAG